UUUACCUGAUAGGUAGCAUAUUAUCAUCUCUUUUCAGAUAAAUUCUAAAAAAAGAUACAAAGAUAUGCUAUUUGUCGGGUAAAACUUACCAAGAGUUGGAACAACCGGCCCUAUGCAAGAGUGUGUGCUCUCCGCUUUACGAAAAAAAACGCAGUGUGACGUUACGCGUCAAAUUCGCGAUCAGCUGUGCAUAUAUAUAUUUAAUAAUUAACUUCGCAGAAGCCGAUAUCGAUUAAUGUUAACUCACGCGGAAGAUCAUGGCGAGAUCAUCAGCAUCCUGAGACCGUUUCGUCGUCGUUCCGGCCUGUCGUGUUCCCUUUUGAAAUGAUCACGGGAGGAUUUCGAAUGCGGACACGAUCAGCUGAUCCGAUCCUUCGAGAUGAGCAUUAACCCGAGCGUCGAUCCGGCCAGGAUCCUCCCGCUGAUCGAGGAACUCUGCGAUCUGCCAUACACGGAGGUUCAACGACGGCUAAACAGAUACGUGCAAAAUGCAACAAAUGCGAAAUUGGUCUUUCUCAUAUCAAUCCUGGUGGAAUCUGAAGAAAUGGUUAUUCAUGUGAUUGGCGAAGAAAUUCUGGACAGGGAAUUGAGAUUUCUUAUACCAAACAACGUUUUGUAUGAGGCUGUGAUAAAUAAGACAUCAUUAGUUCUGAAUGUUGCAAAACUUGAUGAAGAGUUGUUGAGAUAUAUUAAUAGAAUAACAGAUGCAACAUCACAGUCUCUUUUAACAAUUCCUAUUCAACAUCCUUUUAAACAUUAUACAGUUUUGCUUGUGUGCCUGGUAGAUUAUGCGGAUGGAGAUGAAGCUAGACAUGCUUGUACAGAAAUAGUUCAAGAAUGCUUUAGAUUUUGUCUCGGAUAUUUGCUUAGUUCGUUACGUUGUUAUGAAGAGACUCGCGUGAAACAACAAUGUCAAAAUUUAUUGGCUGUUUCUAGGAAGCUCUUCACACAUUUAGGAGAUUUCCCUGAUCUCUUGCGUGAGAUUAUGGCAGAAGUCAGAAAAUUAACAAAUGCAGAAAGAUGUUCUCUAUUUCUUUUGGAUCCCGAUCAACAGGAUUUGGUUGCAAAAGUAUUUGAUGGUAUUUCCACAAAUGAAACUGUAAAUGAAAUGAGAAUUCCUAUCGGACAAGGUAUAGCUGGUCAUGUUGCAACUACUGGUAAAUUACUCAAUAUCCGAGACGCUUAUAAUCAUCCUCUCUUUUAUCGUGGUAUUGAUGAGGCAACAGGAUUUAAGACCAGAAAUAUCUUGUGCUUUCCAAUACAGGAUGAGAAAGGCAUUGUUGGAGUGGCUCAAAUGUGUAAUAAAAUAAAUGGUUUAUAUUUUGAUGCUUUUGAUGAACAGAUCGCGACAGCAUUUAGCAUCUAUUGUGGCAUAUCAAUAAUGCAUAGUAUUGUUUAUAAAAAGAUGCAGGAUGCUCAAGCUCGAAAUAAGCUUAGCAACGAGAUAAUGAUGUAUCACAUGAAGGUGGAAGAAUCUGCUGUGCAAGCAUUAUUAAAUUGUGGAGAUGACCACAAUAUUAAAGAUUUUAAUAAAUUCCACUUUAGUCCUAGAAGUGUACCUUACAAACAUAUGCCUUGCUAUACCAUUAAAAUGUUCACAGAUUUAUCUUUCCUUAAGUAUUGGAGAAUUAAAAUGUCGACACUUGCAAGGUUUAUAUUGUACGUCAAGAAAGGCUACAGGGAUGCACCUUAUCACAAUUGGACACAUGCAUUUUCUGUGGCACAUUUUGCAUAUCUAUUGAUAAAAAAUAUGCAGCUUAUUGAGGAAAAUUAUAUGACACCUCUACAGGCUCUGGUGUUUUUUGUAUCAUGCUUGUGUCAUGACAUAGAUCAUAGAGGAACUAAUAACUCAUUUCAAACUCUGUCUGGCACUGUAUUAGCAAGUCUUUAUAGCUCAGAAGGUUCUGUUAUGGAGAGACAUCAUCUUGCGCAAACAAUGUGUAUUUUGAACACUGAAGGCUGCAAUAUAUUUGGAAGUUUGGAUAGUGACGACUACAGCAAAGCCUUGGAUUUGUUGAGGAGCAAUAUACUUGCAACUGAUUUAGCUUCUCAUUUUCGCAGCGUAAACAAGCAGGAGCAAAUGAUAUGCAAUAAAUAUAACAAAGAUGAUGCAAAACAACAAAAGUUGUUACUCGAAAUGCUUAUGACUUGUUGUGAUCUUAGCGAUCAAACCAAGGAUUGGAAGGUUUCAAAGAAAACUGCAGAGCAGAUAUUUGAUGAAUUCUUUUCGCAAGGAGAUUUAGAAAAAAGCAUGGGAAAUGCGCCUGUAGAAAUGAUGGACAGAGAACGCGCAUCUAUCCCCGAUCUCCAGAUACAAUUUAUCACUAAUCUAGUUAUUCCUCUCUUUACUAAUCUGUCAUUAUUAUUCCCAUUGGCGCAGCCUCUGGUCCAUACAUUAGAACACAAUCGUUCAUUAUGGGAAAUAGCUAAGACAGUGUUUCAAAAAUAUUCCGCAUGUGGAACAAAAGGAAUAGAUAUUUUACUUGAUCCUAAUUUUGAAGACGAGGUCCUGAAAAUAUUUGCUCAGGGAGGUCAUUGUUCUAUGGAAAAUUCUGACGAAUGCAGAGGAAGCAAAGAGUGACGCAUAAAAUAAAUAUUUGAGAAAAAGAACCAAGUUUUAAUGAUAUUCUACUUGAAAUUUUACAUGCAAGAAUUUUAGAACAGAAUGAUAACAAAUGUUUCAUUCAUAAUAUUCUUUAAUAGAGAUUUUUUGCAUUUUAUACUAUAUAAAACCAAUUUUACAGAUUGGUAUAGUUUUUUUUAGAGAAUAUAAUAUCCAAAAUUUAAGCAAUUAAAAAUCAAAAUGUGAUUGUAAAAGCAAUCAGCUAAUUAGAUAAAUUUCUAUUUGGAUAAUUUAGAUAUAUAUUUAAAUAAUUCAAGCUAAGAGAGAAAACCAAGCAAUCAUUAAAUGUAUAUUAUGCACUGCCAAUUUUAAUUGUGUUACACACAUAUUGCAUAUUAUUGUGAAAUAAUUGUUAUUAUUGAAAUAAUACAUAAAUUUAAAAAGUGUUGGUUAUCUGAUAUAAUUUAUCAGUAUCUAGAUAUUUAUCAGUGC